CCACCGGCGCGAUGGCAGAGUGAGAAGUAAAUGGAUCAGUGUCCGCGGUGUGGAAACCGACCUAAACACGGGACCGGGAGCCGGUAAACAAACACAAACAAGGAUAAAGAGCGCCGUUAACCCUCUGAAACUGGCGUCAAGAACUGGAAGAUUCUAACCAUUUUAUUCUUUUUAUAACAAAUCUUUUGCUUUUUUUAAAUUUUGGCUUCUCUGCGUGAGUGUGCGCGCGAGCCACCGGGAUAUCAUAACUGGACAUGUGAGUUAUCGGAGUUAACCAGACAGAAAAGGCUUUAUUAUUUUUUCAAACAUUUUUAUUUUAUUUUUAUUUGACAAGAAGAUGACGUUCCCAGCGUGCGUCCUCGUGACUUUGGCGGUGAUCCGGUGGAGCGCAGCGCAGUCAGUUUGCCCUGGAACAGAGAACAAGCUGAGCACCCUCUCCGACCUGGACCAGCAGUACCGCACCCUGAGGAAGCUCUACGAGAAUUGCGAAGUCGUCAUGGGUAAUCUGGAGAUCACCAGCAUUGAUCGGAACCGCAACCUCUCCUUCCUAAAGUCAAUCCGAGAAGUGACCGGCUACGUGUUGGUGGCUCUGAACCAGUUUGAAAACCUCCCACUGGAGAACCUACGGAUCAUCCGAGGCACCAAACUUUACGAGGGCCGCUACUCUCUGGCCAUCUUCCUCAACUACAGGCGAGAUGGCUUCUAUGGCCUGAGGCAGCUCGGUCUACGCAACCUCACAGAGAUCCUGAACGGGGGUGUCUAUGUUGACCAGAACAAAUUCCUGUGUCACGCCGACACCAUCCACUGGCGGGAUAUUAUCAAGAACCCCCAGGCCGAGCUGCUGGUGGUACCGUCCAACAACAGCAACAACGGAUGCAAACGCUGCCAUCGCUCGUGUAACGGACGCUGCUGGGGGCCUCAGGAGACCCAGUGUCAAACCUUGACGAAAACGGUGUGUGCUGAGCAGUGUGACGGUCGGUGCUUCGGGCCCUACGUCAGUGACUGCUGUCAUCGGGAGUGUGCCGGCGGCUGCUCUGGUCCCAAAGACACGGACUGCUUCGCUUGCACCAAUUUCAACGACAGCGGAGCAUGCGUGACCCAGUGUCCUCAGCCGUUUGUGUACAACCCCACAUCUUUCCAGUUAGAACACAACCCCAGAGCCAAGUACACCUAUGGAGCCUUCUGUGUCAAGAAAUGUCCCCAUAAUUUUGUGGUGGACCACAGCUCAUGUGUCAGAGCGUGUCCCAGCAACAAGAUGGAAGUCGAGGAGAACCGAAUCAAAAUGUGUAUACCAUGCACUGACAUCUGUCCCAAAGUGUGUGAUGGCAUUGGGACGGGCAGUCUGGCAACGGCUCAAACUGUGGAUGCCAGCAACAUUGAUAAAUUCGUCAACUGCACCAAAAUCAAUGGCAACCUCAUUUUUCUCAUAACUGGCAUCAAAGGGGACAUGUAUCAUGGCAUCGGACCUAUGGACCCUGAGCAUCUGAAUGUUUUCCGCACUGUGAAGGAAAUCACAGGUUUCCUGAACAUCCAGUCUUGGCCUGAAAACAUGACAGAUCUGAGAGUCUUUUCCAAUCUGGCAACCAUUGGAGGCAGAACUCUUUACAGUGGAAGUGGUAUUUCUUUGUUGAUUCUGAAGCAGCGCUGGAUUUCCUCCCUCCAAUUCCAGUCCCUGAAUGAGAUCAGCGCCGGAAAUAUCUACAUCUCUAAUAACAGCCGCCUCUGCUUCUACAACACCCUGAACUGGACAUCACUCUUCAGGACCUCAAACCAAAAGGUCAUCAUUCGCAACAACCGUGAUCCAAAAGAAUGCGUUCAGCAGAGGAUGGUCUGUGAUCGCAUGUGUUCGGAUGAAGGAUGUUGGGGUCCAGGUCCAGAUCAGUGUCUCUCCUGCAGAUAUUUCAAAAGAGGCCGCACCUGUGUUGAGUCCUGCAACCUCUUUGACGGGGAAGUGCGGGAAUUUGCCAAUGGAUCCGUGUGCCUGGAGUGCGAUGGCCAGUGUGAGAAGAUGGACGAAAACAGCAUGACGUGUCUCGGCCCGGGCCCAGAGCAGUGCGUAAAAUGCCUUCACUUCAAAGACGGGCCCAACUGUGUGGAGAAGUGUCCCGAUGGGUUGCAGGGCGCCAACAGCUUCAUCUUCAAAUACGCCAAAGCCAACAACGAGUGUCACCCCUGCCACACCAACUGCACCCAGGGGUGCAUCGGGCCGAGGCUCCAAGAUUGCGUUGGGAUGAUGGACAGGAUGCCUUUAAUAGCAGCCGGCAUUAUCGGCGGACUGUUUGUCAUCGUCAUUCUGGCACUCAGCAUAGCCGUUUAUGUUCGACGCAAAAGCAUCAAGAAGAAAAGGGCCUUGCGGCGCUUCCUGGAAACAGAGCUGGUUGAACCCCUGACUCCUAGUGGAACUGCGCCCAACCAGGCUCAGCUUCGUAUCCUGAAAGAGACGGAGCUGAAGAGGGUCAAGAUCCUUGGCUCGGGAGCUUUUGGUACCGUCUACAAGGGCAUCUGGGUCCCAGAAGGUGAGACGGUGAAAAUCCCUGUUGCCAUAAAAAUCCUCAACGAGACCACUGGUCCAAAAGCCAAUGUGGAGUUCAUGGAUGAGGCCCUGAUCAUGGCCAGCAUGGAGCACCCCCACCUGGUGCGUCUUCUGGGCGUCUGCCUCAGUCCCACCAUCCAGCUAGUCACUCAGCUCAUGCCCCAUGGCUGCCUGCUCGACUACGUGCAUGAGCACAAGGACAACAUCGGUUCACAGCUGCUACUCAACUGGUGUGUCCAAAUUGCAAAGGGGAUGAUGUACCUGGAGGACAGGAGGUUGGUCCACAGAGACCUGGCGGCGCGAAAUGUGCUCGUCAAGUCUCCCAAUCACAUCAAGAUCGCAGACUUUGGAUUGGCGCGAUUGUUGGACACCCACGAGAAGGAGUACAGCGCGGACGGGGGCAAGGUUGGUAUGCCCGUUAAGUGGAUGGCUCUGGAAUGUAUUCACUACAGGAAGUUCACCCAUCAAAGUGACGUCUGGAGCUAUGGUGUGACCAUCUGGGAACUGAUGACAUUUGGUGGAAAACCGUAUGAUGGUAUCCCUACAAGAGAAAUCCCAGACAUUCUGGAAAAGGGGGAGCGCCUGCCCCAGCCGCCAAUCUGCACUAUUGAUGUGUACAUGGUCAUGGUCAAAUGCUGGAUGAUUGAUGCAGACAGCCGGCCAAAGUUCAAGGAGCUAGCAGCCGAGUUCUGCAGGAUGGCUCGCGAUCCGCAACGCUUUCUGGUCAUCCAGGGAGAUGACCGGAUGAAGCUCCCCAGCCCAAACGACAGUAAGUUCUUCCAGAGCUUGCUUGAUGAGGAGGACCUUGAUGACCUGAUGGAUGCUGACGAGUAUCUGGUGCCACGGGGUUUCAGCCUGCCUCCUUCGUCGGGCACAAACAGGUCUCGAGUCGACUCGAACAGAAAUCAGUUUGGUUGUCGAGACGGUGGUCCAAACCCACCAGAAGGAGCCCUGACAGGUGCCCAAGGUGGUCCAAACCAAGAAGCAGCAAGCAGCCAGGUUCCAGCCCUGGAGGAGCAGCGCUGCAAUGGAAGCCUACAUAAGAAGAGCCAGAGCCAAGCUGGAGGGGAUGACAGCGGGGCCCAGCGUUACAGCGCUGACCCCACCAUCUUCCUGGGGGAGAGGACGUCUCGUGGGGACACUGAUGAGGAUGGCUACAUGACAGCAAUGAAAGACAAGAUCCCUUCAGAGUAUCUGAACCCUGUUGAGGAGAACCCCUUUGUUUCUCGAUGUAAAAAUGGUGAGAUCCACGCCUUGGACAACCCUGGCUACCAUAGCAUGCCCAACAGUCAGCCCAAGGGAGAGGACGAGUAUAUCAACGAGCCCCUCUACCUCAACACCUUCCACAGUCCUGCUGAUCUGGGUCUGGAAGCCCUGAGGAGAAAUGGUCUGCCCUUACCCACUCAGCCUCCUUCCUCCAUCUCAGCCUCAGCCUCAGGCUCCCACCUCCCACUUACAAUCCAGACCAGUCUGCCCCACUACCCCCUGUCCUCAACCCUGCCAUCUCCAUCUGGGCUACCCUGCCUUCACGGUCCAUCAACUCAUAUCCUCCAUGGCCACGGCACCAUCAAAUCUCCAGGACAACUAGGAAAUCCAGGUGGUGGCUCAAUCGCUCUGAGCCAAACAGGAACUUCUGCACAGAUGACCCAGUCAGGUUCCCUGUCCACUUCUGCGACCCUUGGGCACGGUAGCCUGCCAGCGUACCAGUGCCACACCACAGCACAUCCUGCAAGUAUGCUGAAACAUGUUGGGCAUACUUCAGGAAAAUCCGGUGGGAAGAAACUGAAGGUAACCUUUGACAAUCCAGAAUAUUGGCAGCACAGCUUGCCACCUAAAUCUUCAUUCCAGGUGGCUCCUGAUGGGGCCCAGGGAGGCUCCACCAAUGCCAAGCUCUUCUACAAGCAGAACGGACACAUACGGCCAGCGGUAGCGGAGAAUUCAGAGUACAUGUCUGAGUUUUCUCUCAAGUCUGGCACUGUUUUGCCCCCUCCACCCUACAGGCAGCGAAACACUGUGGUCUAAAUUGUCCCGCCACCCUGUUUCUAGCCUCCAGAGACCCUGACAUCAUUUGGUUCGACUGUCAGCGGAAAUCAGAGCCGCCCUCCGUUCUUUCCAGAUUAAAUGCCAUCUGCUGUAGCAACAUCCCCAAGGAGGUGAACAGGUUGAACCAAACCAGACACCUUCACUGUAUCCAGUCCAGUCCAUUUCUGUUCUGUAGAUAGAGAUAGAGACCUCUCCCGAAGCUCACUGAGAACACGGAGAACCUGCUUCACCAAGGCAGGCGCACGACUCGCAAAGAUGACUGAUUCAAGUUUGGGGACUUGAACUCACUGCCAGCCACUUCGGUGUCAGAUUUGUGAGAGAAUCUUACUACUUUUAUCCCAUUUGGUUUUCAGCAUACAAGUCUGAGGAUGAGCAAUAUUCUGCUGAAGGUUUCUGAAAUAAGCUUGCAGACGUCUGGUAGACGUCAACUUGAAAAGACUGAGCACUUACCACUCAUAAUCAGUGUUUUUGCAUAUAGGAUUAUAUUGUGUGUUGAAUUUUCCAUCAGAUAUGCGUAACCCAUCUAAUCCUUUUACUGUGAUACUGUGAUGGAAAGAACUACGCCCAUCUCUCUCUCUCUCUCUCUCUCUCUCUCUCUCUCUCUCUCUCGCUCUCUCUCAUUUCGUAGUUCAGACAAUGACUUUUCCUGUAAACACUUAAAGAGAACUACUGUUUUUAUUGUCUUUGCUUGACUGCUGUAAACUUGGGGAAGAUGAUCAAAGAUCAUCCUUUUCCAGGUCCCAACACUACAAGGGAAUAAUACACUGUUAAUACUUUUCUAACCUAUGGUUACAAUGCUGAAAAGUUGGAUUUUUAUACACUGGUUUUGCUCUAAUUCAAACUACCAAAAAACGACUUUUGCGGGCAAAUGAAGUGAUGGAAAUUAUUGUACACCUUUAAUUUGCUUGUCAAGAUCAUCCAAGAAAUGUCAGAGUUCAAAAUGUUGAUCACAGAGAGAAACCGAGCUAGACAGAAAAAUAUCUACGAAGAGUCGAGGGGAGGUUUAUACAGCCCGACUAAUGAAGACCUCAAGGAAUGAAGAAGACAGCGCCAGCAGAGCAUAGUAGAACACUAUACAUAUGCGUGUCUCCCAGAGUUUAUGUCAGUGAGAUUGGAUGUGUACAGUUGCAUAAUAGCAGGCCAGCUCAGCUCUUUUUUGAGAAAAUAAAAGGUUGCUGCAAUCAUCGGCCGUUACCGGUAACCAUCAGGAAGCUCAAACAGACAAAUCAGGCUGAAUGGUGCAAUUCAUUGUUCUCCAUAGUAAGGAACAAAGGAUUAUAUUCUCCUUGUUCUGAUGGUAGACCUGAUUAGAAGCAGAUUUGAUGGUUGUAAAUGCAGCUGCUCAACCAUAAACCACCUCAUUAACGUUCUUACUGCCUUCCUAUUGCAGCUUCUUCUUGGUUCCAUCAUAAUUGUGAGCCUGACAACUCAAUCGCUGGAUUAAAACCACUUCUGUUCAUCCUUCUGUUUUCUUCUGGUUAGCCAGGGUUAGCAGCCUCAGCACAGAGGCUUAAAUCAUCCUCUCCCAAGCAACCACCGCCAGCCCCACUCCAAGGCAUUUCCUGGCCUGCCUGGAAAUGUAAUCUUUCCAGGAUGACCUGGGGGCUUCUUGAUAUCAUGACAUGCCUGAACCAUCUCACCUGGGCCAACUUGAUGUGGAGGAGCAGCAGCUCUACUCCAAGCCCCUCCAGUGUGUUUGAGCUGCUCCUCCUAUCACUAAGGCUGAGCUUGGCCACCCUAUGAAGGAAACUAAUUUAUUGCUGCUUAUCUUUGCAAUCUUGGUAUUUUGGCCAUUGCCCAAAACUCAUUACCAUAGGUGAGGAUUUGGACAAUGAUUGACUGAUAUAUUGAGAGCUUUGCUUUCUGGCUUAGCACCUUCUUAGCCACAAUAACCAAACAUUAUCAGAUGUUGUGUACAAGGAAAUAACAAGAAGAUAGAAAACUAUCAUUUCACCGGUGUCCUCACCUGUACCUGAGACAGUUAAUGGAUUGCAGUUGGUCUAGUCAGUCUGUAGAUAAAAAUUUGAUGAACUCAAGCACAUUUAAGAAAAUUUGUAUUGGCCAAAAUGCUGCAAAGUAAGAACAUAAAAUAAUCAACACAAUUAAAAAUUACUAAUCAAACAAAAAGAUGAUAUAGAAAAAUGACAGAAGAUGAAAACUUUAAUUAUUAUUAUAAUUAUAAAGUCUCUCAAAGGGUCAUAUUGUUUAACAGGUUUUUUUUUUUUUUUUUGAUAAGCCAAAAUCGAUUGCUGGUUAUUUGUUUUUGUACAACAUUUUAAAUAUUUGGUAACAAAUUGUUGGUAAAUUAUUUGUUUUUCAUCAUUCAAUGACCAACCACACGAUGUUUAUUGUUUGUAAAGGAUUUUAUGGUUGAGAACCACAAUGUGACAUCAACUCAAACCAUUGUAUUUGAUGUUGUUGUGACUCCUACCCUUUUACUACCUAAAAAAAUGCAAGAAUCAAGGUUAUUUUUGUAUAACUAAACAACUUUAGUGCCAUUUGUCAUUAUUUAAAUACCCUCAAUUUUUAUUCUUUACACUGAGUGGUUUGUCUGCAGUUUAGCGUCUAUCUUUAGUGUAAGAUAUCUUUCAUAUAUAUUAAUGUGCAGAAGUAAACACAUAUCCCUCUAUUUUCUACCAAAUUGGCUUGUUUAUCCACUGCAGACAGUAACCUACAAUAACUUUGUCUCUUUAGUCACAAAUCAUCAGGAAAAUCACAAUAAACGAACCCAAUAAUGGUUAACCCUGAUUGACCCAAGACGGUGCUCUACCCAACGAGCAUAGUGGUCCCAGUCCAGCCUAAUCCCUCCAGCACGUCCUGGUUCAGUCCCAGGGUCUUCCCCCUCAAAAGACAGGCCCUCUUCCUCUCAAGACAGAGCAGCAUGAGCAGACCUUCUUGAAGUUCCUCCUAGAUGUCCAAUAUCAUCAUCCUAUCUCUGUGACAGAGCCUGGUCACCUUAUGCUGUGAAACUAAAUUCCACCACCUGCAUUCUUGAUCUUGUGCUAUUGACCGAUACCCAAAGCCUGUGACCACCGAUGGCGCAUCGGAAAAGCUCCACAGCCAAGCCAUGUUAAAGGUAGAAACCUUUUAAAAGUCAUCUCAGGUGUCUUGAACCCAUCUCAGUUUAGUUUCCAUGAGUUGGGAAGUGCAAGACAGUUUUGGAAGUGGUUUUCAUGAAACUGCCAGUGACUAAAUUGUGAACAAAUCGAUCCGUAACUUGAGCAUAUUUGCAAGACAAAUAUCCCACUGAAAAUCACUAGUUGGGUUUUUUAAAUGUUCCUUUUCACAGGCUAUAGCCCUCAUUUUUUCUGCACUGUGUUAGAUUGUCUGCUGUUGCAAUUUUACAGUUUUGUGUUUCAAGCUAAUCAUGACAGUCGCAGCCGAGUGAGAACCUGGCUGCGGACUACUUUUCAGCGUUUUAAUCAUAAAUGCUCCAAAUAUUAUUUCUUUCCAUUUGGUUUAGAGUGCAAUUCAGUUCAAAACAACUCUUGAGGACAACACACUGUCACUACAAUAUACUACUGAUGCCUCUAUGGAGACACCGUCAUCACUGCUGCUAAAAUAACCUGUUUCAUGAACCAUCCUUUACCUCUUCAAACCAUACCACGCAAAUGUUUGCCAAACUGAGAGGAUUCAACCUCAGUGGUUUUUCUUAUAGCUUCUUACUGGAUUUUCAAUCACUAAAAUGGAUGCUGUAUUAGUUUAUUUAGCAGAAACAGAAACAGAUUUGUCAUUGUUAAGAGAGUGCUCCAUAAAUGUGCUGAAGGAGCACCCUAGGUAAUUUGGGGUAUUUAUAUGACAUGUAUUUAAGCAUUUGUCUAUGCACAUGUAAAGCCGUACGUUUCUCUCCCCAUGGAGUGCUUUGAUCAAAGAUGCGGGUAGAAAAGAGAGCAUUUCCACCCUUCCUUCUUGAAAUAUUCAACUCGUUUAUAUGGUCGUUUACCACAUAAGGACAAAGCUUUCGUCUGAGGAAGGUGCUGUGUUCAAGAGUUCAAGACAAAGAAUAAAAAACUAAAUUGAAGGUGGAAUUUAUCAGCUUGAAGAUUGUUGUCUUUUCCAUGUUUUUUUUUCUCCCAAACAUUAUUUAUAUAAAACUGCUUUGAUGAUCACAUGAUUAAUUGAUGAGGUUGUAUUUUGUAGUCUCUUUUGAAGAGACUAAAAAUUCAAAGAAAUAGAGACAGCAUUUAAUAUCAGAGUUAAAGAUUUAUGGAACACGUUGGCUUGUUUACGCCGAGCAACGCAGGCUCCUGAUGAAUGUAGGUUUUCAGAACGAGAGAGAAGGUGGAGUACGGGGGUUAAAAGCAGCACACAUGCCCCUGUUAUCGCUCUGACUUGUGUUUCCUACUGAUUUUGCCUUGUUGAGUUAACCUGCUGCCGUCUGACUUCACUCUAAGCACUUGUUUUGCUAAAUGUUUUUAUUUUAUUUUUUAAAACUGAUGUUUAAGGCCUAGUUCACAUGCAUAAGCCUAUGGCAGGAGAAAACCUGCCUUCUGUGAGGCUUUUCUUUAAAAUGCAGUUUGAAGUCACUAAAAUAUUCACUUUAAUAAGGCUACCAAAUCAUGUGUUGAAAUGCAAAACCUGAAAUACUUUGGUAAUGAGGAUUUGAUCCUUAGGUUGAGGAUUAGGUCCUAGCAGUAAUGGAAAGUUGUAGUUUUCGUCUUUAACCAUUUUACAGGGGAAAGUAAAACUGAAAGAUUAAUGUAUUACUUCACCAGAAGAAAUGCUAGUUAUACAUUAGCAUUAGCAUUUACUUAGAAUAAUUCAAUAUGAUUGUGUUUUUCCUUCUUGUUUAUGUUAGCAUUAUCAUUACAGCAAAGCUAGCUGCUAGUAUCAAAUUUUAAGACGAUAACUGGUCAAAAUCUUGAUUUACUCAGAAUAUCUUGUUCACUAUUGGAAGCUUAAUUCGGCUCCUUUUCCGGUCGGCUCAUGGGUCCCUGGAAGAAGGAAAAAAUGAAUGCGAGUCAACAGGGCUAAUCUGCUGUGCCUUACGCCCUGAAUCACACAUAUGUUCUACUUCAAUUUAAAUGAAAAGUAACUAUGUGUGUUUCGACCAUGCCUGUCACAUACUUUGAGAUUUAUCAGCUUGUAUAGGUUUGUAAUUAGCAUGACUACAAAUCAGAUGCAGAUAUGUAGCAUAUAUGACAUCACCACAGAAUCUCCUCUCCCCUAGCGUAGCUGCUACUUAGCCUACCACAUGGCCGGAUUAAUGGUGGUUCCUUCUUCCUGAGGGAGGGAUUUCAAGUUCAAUAAACUUAGUCAAUUUUCCUCAGCUUCUCUCCAUGUUUGGUUCGAUGACGUCAAUUUGGUGAUGUGCAUUUGUAGUCCUGGACCACAAAUGGUGAGAAAACCUAAAACACUGUCUGCCCCCUUUCGAAAAGAAUCACUUUCUUUGCACCAAAAUGUGUCUAAAAUUCACGGACAUCAUAUGUGAAAUCCAUGGUACAUAACAAACGGGAUUAGAAAAUAGCGUUUUUAGCCUCAUUGACAAUGACUUGCAUUCAUUUUUGUGUUCUUCUGGGUACAAAUGGUCCAGAAGAAGAUGAGCAUAACUUAGGCUCUCUAUCUGGAGGAAUAAAGAUGUGUUUCUGCUACAGGCAUUCUGAAAGACUGAAAAUCUUUUAAAAAAAAUUUUUUAAUCCUAAAUUAGCAUUCAGUCUAUUUUUAGUCUUUCAGCACAAAAUUUACCCAACCCUACAGGAUGGUCUAUGUGUGAACUAGGCCCAAACUGAUCCUUUUAUUUGAUUGUUCACACUCCAAGCCAAGGUUCAAAGUCAUGUAGCCAUGUAUCAAAUUAAUUCAUGUUUAAUGAUUUGUCUUCACUCAUCAUAAAGGCAGCCGGACUCUGUUAUACAGUAAAUAUUACAUUUGCUUUGUACCCAAACUGUGUUUUACUGCCCUCCAUCUUUGUAUCUCAUUACUGAGCGUGCAACAGAUUAACAGCCUACUUAUGCUGACUCUAGUAGCACAAUCUGGACUUUUAUUCAUUCUGAAACUUUUCUUGAGAUGUGUGUGAACGAGCUCCUAUACUCCUUUAAUAUUACAUUUCCUCCAUGUCAUUGAAGUGUGCCACUAUCGUUCGCUACUGUACAUUAUUGACUGUAUGUAAAUCUAGCUACACGGGAAGUCUUUUUCCAUCGCAAAUUACCAGAUCAGAGUGUCUGUACAGAAUAUUUGGAGUUUCCUCCAAAAUGAAUCUAACACACUUCAGCAACAAAUGUGAAUAGUAUUUUUCUAAAGCACUGUAAUGGCCAACGUGGAUGAUUGUAAAUAAGAAGGCAAUGCUUUCAAUUUAUAUUCUCUCCUGCUGUUGUUUUUCUCCCUUUCAUAACUUGUACAAAAACAGACAUAUUUGCUUAAUGUGAGUGUACCUUUGGAUUAACGGGGAUUAUUUUUCAUUUGUUAGUUUUUAAAGUGCUUAUUGACCCCUUAUCAUGUGAAACCCUGUUCAGUGGCCAUGUUCCUGCUAAUCUUCGUGGCUUUCCUCAUCUAAUGUUUCAGUUCAACUAUAAAAGAGGUGGCAGCAGGAUGAUCAGUGCCAUAUUUAUCUAAAAUAAGCAGGUGUUCUUGUCCAUGCUAAUCCCUCCAUUUUAUAUUUAAUGUAACUGAAUCCAGUGCUGCCAGCUAACCUAAACUGUGUUAUCUGCUUAAAAGCCAUGUCUUUCACUGCUACUUUUAUUUAGUUUGGAUUUUUUAUAUUCCUGUUUGGUUUGCAUGCUUUUAGAGGAAGUGCUGGUCUUCCUCAUCCCCGUCAUCGUCAUUGGUGACUAUCUCUAUCUGAAUCCUUUGAAACCAUAACCCAAAGCUUUAUAUCAGAGAAAUUACCGUUCCUCAUGUUUGUUACAUGAAUCUGUCAAAAGUAUAUUUUUAAUUUAAUAUAAAUAAAGAUUGAUUCCUUAUA